AUGCGCAUAAUAAUUUUGUUUGUAUUAACGUGCGUUUUUAAUGGUGCGUUAUGUGCAAAGCUUCCAUGCAAUGAAUGCCGCUCGGCAAUGAAAAAUGUGAGGAUUAAACGAGCAAAAUAUUAUUCCAGUCCGCAAAGGUUUUAUAAGCGACCUCCGAUGGGUCAUCCAGUGUAUGGUGCGUUCUCCUAUACACCACCUCCUGGUUACAUGAUGGACGACGAGGAGCAAAUUCCAUCAAGCCAGAGGCCAACCAAGUUUAGUAAAAGACCAUCGGACGAUGGUUUAAAACAGGAAGAUCUCAAAAAUUUAAUAAAAUAUUUGUCAAAGAAAGAUUUGGAUAAGAUUGUAGAGUUCGCAAUGGAGAAAGAAAAAUACAGAGACACGUACUUCGAAAAAACUCGUGAUUUUAAGAAACAGGUUCACACUAACAACGAAGGAAACUUUAAAGAUGCUAAUGACGAAAAAAGAUUUUCUCUCGAUGGUCCUUACAUUAAUCCUAACGGUUAUAAACAUUCUAAUAUGGAGUUCCAAAAUUCUAACAUUAAAUAUACUCCACAACCCAAACCAAUCAGAGAAUCAGAAAGCGAUUUAGAAAAUAGGGCAGAAGCCGUUAAAAUGUAUUUCACUAGUCCUUCAGAGCCUCAAGAGACGAUACAGAAUCAACAGUUUGCGGUUGUAGACGCCUUCAUCCAGCAGGAGUUCAAUGGAAUGGGGAACGAGAGAAGCCAAAAUAUAUUCACGGAUAGCAAGGUGAUGGAGGAGGAGUACUUGCCAACACCCUUGAAUUUAAGACCUGAAGAUUACGACGCAUCUUUUACAAAUAACAUCCCUACAUUUAUCAAAGCUGAUUCUAGUUCGUAUAAGCUCGAAAAUUUUGGCAGUUUACCGCUCAUGAACUACAAUUCGAAACUUCAUUCGGUCAGUUCGUACAGUGUGCCGCAUUAUACUGUAACAUCGCCGACUGGAUAUCAGACACCGCCAGAACCACCUCAAUUAUCAUCAUCACAUUCAUCAUCGGACGUGGAAUCCCCACCUUUAGAACUCGCUCCAGCUACAACUAACUAUCGGGAUCAAACUGAUGCACAUUUAAAAGCUAUUAAAAUUUGGACACACAAAUCUAGAGGUACUGCCUACACAUUACACGAUGAUGGGACGUUGUCACUGGAGAAACCACUACGACCGAAACCUAAAUAUGGAUAA